CUGCAGUACGAAUAUCCCAUCCUACGUUAGAUUUCUUGAUAUAACACACCUGGGACCAUUGGGGUUGAUUGAUGCGUAAUUCCAUAAUUCAACUGCUCAUUCAUUUAAUCACGGAUUGUACUGUGCUGCACUUUCGAAUUGGGGCAGGCAGAGAAGGCAAAGGAAAGGAAAUAGUAUCUAUCUCCCUACCUACCCACCUACACAAUGUCUUCUUCGACAGGUCUUAGGAGAGAGGUAAUUGGGAUUUAUAAAGAACUCCUCCACCUCGGACACUCCUACCCCCUCGGCUACACCUAUUUCCGCACGCGUUUACACCGCGCUUUUAUGGGUAAUGCGUAUUUGACCACUGUGGCCGAGAUACGCGCGGGGAUUGAGCGGGCGGAGUUUGUGAGGAAGGGUAUGUCUUUUUUUCUUCUUUUUUUUUUGGUUGAUUUCUUUUUUUUGAGAGUUUUUUGGAAGGGGGGGGGAGGGGGUUCUAGGGUUUGA